CUGGUUGCUCUCUCUGAGUCAGAACAGCAGCUUGUACGGAAUAUAUGGCAGCAGAUGGAUUCAGCUUCUCCAGCACUUCGAGAAAUUAUCAUUGGAGGAAUUCUUCACAAGUCAUGUCUACCACAACUAUCUUACAUAUCUGCUGCUAUUAAACCAUUAACCAAAGUCGAUUUUAUUGCAGCUCUUCCUACUGAAAUCUCCUUUAGAGUCUUACGGUAUCUGGAUGGACAAUCCUUGUGUCACUGCGCACAGGUUUCGCGAAGAUGGCGAAUCGUAUCAGAUGAUGACGCCAUAUGGCAUCGAAUGUGUACCCAACAUAUUGACCGUAAAUGUACAAAGUGUGGAUGGGGUUUACCAUUAAUACCCAGUGUUACUACAAAUCGCUCUACUCUUGCUUCAGAAACACCAUUGAUGAACGCUCCUUUGGAUGUCCAAACUUCUGUGACUCCAUCCAUCGAGUCGGCUUUUCAUUCCGUUAAUCAGUCUGCUCAGAGUCAACAUCGACCUUGGAAGCAUGCUUUUGCUGAAAGAUUGAUUGUAGAACAGAAUUGGCGACGAACUAAUUACACUUCUCGCACACUCCAAGGCCAUCGAGGUGGAGUUUUGGCUUUAUGGUACGAUGAUUGUACUUCACGUUUGGUAACUGGUGGAUACGACUCGACAUUGCGUGCUUGGAAUGUCGAAACUGGAGAAUGUCUGGCUAUCAUGACAGGUCACACUCGAUGUGUGCGUGGUGUUCAGUUUGAUAAUUCAAAGAUCAUCUCCUGCUCAAUGGAUCGUACAUUGCGCAUCUGGUCCACAGAAACAUUUGAAUGUCUACGUGUGGUCGUUGGUCACAACGACGGUGUCGUUUGUCUGCAUUUCACUGAAACAAUCCUUGCUUCUGGUUCCGCAGAUGGUGUAAUUCGUGUAACAAAACUUGCUGCUAACAAAACAUCUAAUCUUAGUGGCCAUACAGACUGGGUCAACAAAGUAAUGAUUCUUCCAUGCAGGCAGCGUCUACUAUCCUGUUCUGAUGAUAUGACAAUACGGCUGUGGAAUAUUGAAUCUGGAGAUACAUUGCUGGUCUACGCAGGCCACGUUGCUCCUGUUCAAUGCUUUCAGCUUAUUUUCCCCCGCUAUUCCAAAGAAAUUAAACUUGAAGAUAUCAGAGUCGUGACAGGCUCGCUGGAUCAUACAAUCAAGAUUUGGAAUUUUGCUACCGGUCAAACCCUCCGUACUCUUUUUGGUCACAUUGAAGGUGUGUGGUGCGUCGAUGUCAACUCGCUUCGUGUUGUAAGUGGUUCGCAUGAUCACACUCUCAAAGUCUGGGACAUUGAAAGUGAAAAGUGCAUGUACACCAUUGAAGGCCAUUUGGGAUCUGUAAACUGCUGCUGGCUUACAGAUACCAAACUCAUUAGUGGGGAUGAAAAU